CAGGACUUGGUGUGGCCGCUACGCAUGCGCCGCGGGCGGCGUCGCGCGGGGGGUUGUGGGAGCUUCCGGCGUGGCUGAGAAGCGGCGGGUGUGGGGCUAGGGGACUUCCGGCCCGGCUGAGGGUAUAAAUGGCCUCCAGAAGAAUCACGCGGGAAGCUUUUGACGCCGUGGUGCAAGAUAAAGUUAAAAGGUAUCGGAUGGACCGAAGCGACGCUAUGGAGGAAACGGUCCAUCGGUUUAAAGCUCAUUCAAGACCUAUCCCAAGACCCAGGUAUGAAGACAGUUUCCAUGACGACGGAAGAUAUUCACAUGAUGGUCCCCAACAUCUUCCUCAUGACGACUGGAGAGAAGAUCCGAGGGAGGAUUAUCCGGGGCCUUCCUAUAGAUCUAAUAGUCCUCUCAUGAGGAAAGAUGACUACUACCAUGACCACUAUGUCCGCCCGGCCUCUCGGGACCGGGAUUAUGUCCGCCCGGCCUCUCGGGACCGGGAUUAUGUCCGCCCGGCCUCUCGGGACCGGGACUAUGACCAUCCACAUCCUUGGGAAUCCUCAAGGCUCCAUGAUGCUGAUUUUGGCCCUUCUGACCUCUUGGGCGAUUUUAGAUCUCCGGGACUCAUGGAGGAGGAGUAUGGGAACAUGGAAAGUGAGGAAUAUGACCUGGAAUAUGGGCUUCAGUCUGAGGGUGAGUUCGGACCUCCAGUACGGAGAGGCAGUAUCGGCAGAGGAAGGGUUCUGCGAGGAAAACAUAUUACAAGAGGCACUAUUAAAACUAAAGUAUUUAAAGGAGAUGUCACAGCUCCUCUAAAGAAAUGGAACACUAAAAAACCAUCACCAGUAGCUGAUCAAAAGUCAACUCUAGAACCUGAUCAGAUGCCAGAAUCUACCGAACGACCUAACCAGAGGACUGCAGCUGCUCAGCAACCAACUCCACGACCUAAUCAGAGGCUAGCCGUGUCAGCCCAGAGGCCUGUUCUCCGGCUUACUAAGCCUGCACAUGUUUUCAGAGAACUGAACUUUGACCUUGUGGACAAGUCUGACAUUUUUUCAACAUUUGGAAUAGAAAUAAUAAAAUGGGCUGGAUUUCACACAAUAAAAAAUGAUGCAGAAUUCUCGCGGCUCUUUAGAGCCCUCUUUAGGCUGGAGACGGAAACAUGUGCAAAAAUGCUUGCUUCUUUCAAGUGCCCGCUAAAGCCAGAACACAGGGAUUACUGUUUCUUCACGAUCAAGGGUUUACAACACACUGCACUGAAGACACCCAAAGUAGACAAUGAGUUCUUAAACAUGCUGUUGGACAAAGGUGCUGUGAAGACAAAGAACUGUUUCUUUGAAAUAAUAAAACCUUUCGAUAAAUAUGUGAUGAGACUCCAAGAUCGUCUUCUAAAGUGCGUCACACCUCUGCUUAUGGCCUGCAAUGCCUAUGAGCUAAGCAUAAAGACAAGUGGUUUCAGUAAUCUCACAGAAAUGGCAAAUGCUUUUGAGACCACCAUUUCUCUGUGUCGUAAGUCUCUAGCACUUCUGGGCCAAACUUUUGCAUUAGCUUCUGUUUUCAGGCAAGAGAAAAUACUCGAGGCAGUUGGUCUCCAGGAGAUGGCUCCAGCGCCAACUUCAUUUCCAAAUUUUGAUGAUUCAACAUUGUUUGGAAGAGAGUACAUAGAGAACUUGAAAGCUUGGCUUGAGAAAAGUGGGUAUCCACUUCAGAUGAAGAAAAUAGAACCAGAGUCCACUAUACAGCUUAAGGCAACUUCUCCUGACACAAAGGCUAAAAUCCCUCAGCGUGCUGAUCGGAGAGUUGUAGAGACAAUUGAGAAGUUAGUGAACAGUAUUGUUUCGGGUACUUUAUCUGCAAAAGAAAAAAAUGCUCAAAAGAGCUCCCCUGACUAUUGGUUCUUGUCUGAAGAAAAUAGUCUAGAAUACAAAUAUUACAGACUGAAGUUAUCAGAGAUGCAGCGGUUGACUUCAUCUACAAAGGGGGGAGAUGGAGAGGGGAAAACACCAGAAGAAUGUGCAACAGAAUCAGUGAGGGCCAUGUUGUAUGCAAAGAAAGUAGCAAGUAUUAAGAAAAGACUCUUUAAAAGGAAAAGACCUGGCAUUAUUGUACGGCGUGGAGUUCGAGGCAGGAAAGUAAGAAAAACAACCAUAGGGACGCAGACCGUGCUGUCAGCUGGUACGAUGCUAAAACGGCAAGACAAACAUACCCAAGGCUCCACUCAGGCAAAGCCUUCUGUAUCGGAAACCAGCCUUUCUGAGAGAAACUCAUCCUUGGAUGCAGCUGAAUCUUCACGGUGUGCCACCACGCCAGAAGUUUCACUGCCACUGGGAGCAGUCGGUGACACUGAGAAUUUAUCAGCCUCACCUGGACAUUCCCAGAUACUGUUGUCUCAGUUCCCUGAUGUGGAUGCUAGAACAAUGGAAACUGCUGAGAAGUUUGCCAAGUUCGUUGCUCAGGUGGGACCAGAAAUCGAGCAGUUCAGUAUAGAUAACAGUGCAGAUAACCCAGAUCUUUGGUUCCUACAGGAUCAAAACAGUUCUGCUUUCAGAUUUUACCGAAUGAAAGUCUAUGAAUUAUGCCCAUCUAUCAACUUCAGUGCUGUAUCAGAAACAACUGUACCUGGGGGAAGUGCUAAACCUGGAGGGAAAAAUCUGGAUAAUUCAGAAGAGGAGGAGGAAGAGGAAGAAGAUAAUGAGGAGGAAGAAGAAGAAGCUGAACUUGAAGAGAUCUCCCAACCAUUGGAAAAAACUGGAGUGGAAAUGGAGCAAACAGGAGAGGGAGAAGGAGAAAACAUCUCAGCAGCUAGGACUGAAGAGAUCCCGCCUGAAGAGUUGCUCUCCAAAACAGAAGUACCUCCAACAGGGGAAAUGCAGCCAGCCUCAACUUCUGAUAGCACUGCAUCAAAUCUGUCCGCACAGGCACCAGUUCCAACUCCUGGUACCCCUUUUCCUCGCAAAAGAAUUAGCAGCAAGUCUCUGAAAGUUGGCAUGAUUCCUGCAUCUAAAAGAGUGUGCCUCAUUGAGGAACCAAAGGUUCAUGAACCUGUCAGAAUUGCUUAUGACAGGCCUCGUGGUCGUCCUGUUACAAAGAAGAAGAAGGUGAGGGAACUUUUUGUUCACGACUCUGCACGCACAGUGUCUCUCUUUGGUGAAAACAGCUCUUUCACGGUUCCUAAACCAAAAGACUUAGAAUUUUCACACAAGAAAUUGACAAACAAGAAUGUGGGUUUCCAGAUGCUUCAGAAGAUGGGCUGGCAAGAGGGACAUGGUCUUGGUACACGAGGAAAAGGAAUCAAAGAGCCUGUGAAAGUGGGUACUACCUCUGCAGGGGAGGGCUUGGGUGUUGCAGGGGAAGAAAAUAAAGAAGACACAUUUGAUGUUUUCCGUCAAAGAAUGAUACAAAUGUACAGGCAGAAAAGAGCGAGUAAAUAGGUUUGAUAUAAGCGGCUCACUUGCUAGAAAACGUGGAUGUACAAAGGCUGCUGCGUGAAAGGUCUUCAGCACACGCUGACAAUAUGAAGAAUGCUUUGUUCUGUAGUAGUGGACUGAUAUGCCAAAACGCUUUCCAAGAGUAAAAUUAGUCUUGUACUUAAAUGUGCAACCUAACAACUUGGGUGGCCUCUUUGAAGGAAGAAACAGUUGAUCUGCACACAGAAAAACCUGUUUACCUUUUUCCUUGGCCAAGGAUGCUUACUAUGUGACAAAAUGUCUUGCUCCAAAAGUUUUAAGCAAAAUUAAAAACGUGAGCUAAGGAAGCAGUCUGGCCCUGUUCCUGUAUGAGGCUGGGAAAUUUCUCAAUUCAUAUCUUCUUGAAAAGCAGCUUUCCACCAUACCAGAUGUUCAGUUUUACACUUUUUGAAUGGUUAAAUCUUUUGAGCUGCCUCUGUAGUCUGGAUAAAGCAGAUCUUGAUUAUUCUCCUCUCCACCCCACCCCCCUUUCUCCCCCAUUUAUAGAACAGUUUUUAAGAACAAAACCUUUAAGCAUGCAGGUUUGUAGGAAUCCAUGCUUACAUGUAUCGGACUGAUGUACUAAAUCCGUGUGCAAGUGAAAACACUAAACUCUUGCCUAACAAAUCUCAGCUGCUGGGACAUUCACUGUGACAAACAAGCAGUACCUAUUUUAAGUGUUCUUUUUGUUUUUAUGUGAAUUUUUAGUUGUUGCUCAAGGAAAUCUUGCACAGUCUCUUUCCUGCUCAAAGAAAUAAAGGCACAAACAAGGUGUUGUUCAUGUUUGCAGAAAAUACCAUACUCUAAAAUGUUGAAAGUCAAAUGGUCAAGAUCAUCUGGAAGUGGAACAUCUGUUUUGUAAAACCAUCAGUUUAGGGAGUUGGUCUGCUUCUGCUUGUGUUGAAAUGCUGAUCUUCAGAAGUCCUCUUACUGAAAGACCCCCAGGAAAUGUGAAGAAAACUUGACAUUUUAAGGACUUUGUAUUCCAUUACUUCCUUUUAUUAUUAUUUAAAUCAAAGAUGGUACUAAAUUAGUAGUCUGCUCUAAUAAUAAACUAUAGGAUUGCAUUGUAACUUCUUGAUAGAGCAGUCCUUAAAAAAUGGAAGACUUUACAUCAUGACUACAAUAAGUGUUCAUGGUCUAGUUGAUCAUUCAUCCUUCUCCAGAUUUGCAUGUCAAUAAAUAAUCCGUGACUAGAUUACUUAAAGUGACAGAAUUUAGUACUGUGCUUUUUAACUUGCACCUUUUUUCUCCAUCAUUUCAUUUCUAAAUCUAGUCAAGAGCCUUCACUUUUUUAUUGUAAUGGCAAAGACUACUUCACUGCAGUCCUCUUGAAAGAAAAUGUAUCUUGAGUGGAUGCAUGUUUCCCUAAUGAGAAACGAGUGCAGUCUUAUUGAUGUUUUCAUCUGGCAUUGCUCUUCUUGUAAUGCAAGAACCAGUGGUACAGUUAGUAAAAUACCAUACAGUAAAAUAGCAGCACAUUGUGUGCUAAAAUACAGAUAAAUAAGAAAACUUAAUCUGCAGUUACCAACUUGCAUGUGCCUGCUGUGCCAAAGAGUCAUCCUCCCUAUCUCAAAAAUGGGAAAAAAUGCUGAUUUGAAAGAGGGAAUUCUUCACAUUCAUUUUGUAACGGCAAAAACCUUUCCUUUCCCCACAGAACUUUGCAUUCAUAAAUUAACCAAUUUAUUUAGUUUAUGAAUGUAAGAUUUUUCUUUGCUUUGUGUGUCUACGAAACUGGAAAGCUACAAUAUUGUGCCACAGCAUAACAUUCUGGUCAGUAUUUUAAUAGCUUUAAAGCAUGCCAGCACUAGAUAAAUAUAGACAUUGUUACACCAAGAGUUAUAUUUUUCUGUGCUUUCCCACCUAUACCUCUCAGGAGGUUGAAGCAUCAAGACUGUAAAUACAAAUGUCUAUUCAAAAAGUUGACUUUUUUCAUCAUACUUGAUUUGAUAUUUGAUGUUACAGAGAUUUCCUUUAGGCUUGGAAAUAUUUAUGAUUUUAAACGUGUUGGACAGAGGCUGCCUUUCAUUUCAGCUGGUUAGAGUAUCUGACAACAUUACGCUAUUUGGAUGUGUUCUCCACUGCUCCUUUUCCCUUGCCUGCGCUUAAUUAGCCAUAACAUUUAACAAAAAAAACUUGAGUUUCUUAAAAAGCAGUUCUACCAGUCGUUGUCUAUUUUUGGAAGACACUCUGGAACCAAUGCGGUUGGCCCCGGAGUUAUUUCUUAGACCCACUUGUUUGGGUUUCACUUUUCUUUUAGUUUCACCGAUGAAGAUGCCAUUAUUGCAGUAUACGAUUUAAAUAUUUUUUCCCCCCACAUUAUGCUUCCAGUUCUCUUCUUUCACAUUUGCAUUUUUGGAAGCACUCUCUGGACUAUGUGCUGUGCCAUUUAUGGGAAGACAACUCAAAGCGUGGUUCCAUUCUAGGUUGGGAUCCACUUUCUCAGACCCUGAUCAGCGUUCUGAGCUGUGAUGAUUAUAGUACCAUUUGGGGUACAUUUGCUGAACACCUGCUUAUCCAGUCUGGGGAAAUUGUCAGCAUCCAGAUUGGAAAAUAAUACACGUUCCUUGUUGAUUUCGACUCAAUUUAGAGUAUAAUGCACUCUUGAAAAUUAUGUGAACAGUAGUUCUUGGGGUAAAUCUUAAUCUGCUGCCCUGCAUAACUAUAGUAUGGUCAGUCUUUCUUGUGCCAAACUUUAAUUUUGGACAAGAUAUCAGUAGAGCAGCACUGGUGCUAAGAUUCCAGUGUUGCUCUCCAGUGGGUUUCUAUGUCUCGCUUUGACCUUGUUUUAUCAAGCGAUGACCUUGCUCUCCUUUUGCAAAAGGAAAUUCCCCUUUAUUUUGACCUGCUUUUGCAGGCUUCCCCAAUUUGAAAAUUUAAGUACGUGUACAUGUGAAACAUUGUUAUGCGGAUACGUUGCCUUGUUAAAGUUUACUAGUUUAUUCUCUGUUAUUUUAGUUUCCAGGCUCUCUUCCAUGAAGACUACAAGCAUCAGUGAACAUUUUAACUAACUUCAGUGGUGUGUCUGCUGUCUUUUGGUUGUUUUUACUGUUAAUCUUGUAGAACAAUUUGCUAGUUUUUGUUUGUGCAAAUCAGCGGUAGUGCUAAGCUAGUAACAAGUGGAUGCUUAUGUCAUUUGAAUAACUGAAAUUUCUUUUUAGUAGAAGUAAACAUGUUAAGAUUGUUAAACCUUUAAUAUCUGCAAUAAAUGUUAGAAAUAAACCAUUUCUGGUUUCGGUGAUGUUUUUACUUCUGAA